CAGACCCAGCAAUCAUCUCUGGAGUACACUGCUGCUAACAGUCCUCCAGCUAGACUUUCUGCUACUCGCCACUACCCUCUGACUGGCUGUUCAGCCAGUUUUCAAUUCACCUCACUGUCUGCUUACCCAGCCCAUGUGUGAACAGCUUGUUUAUGAGGCUCUUAUAGGAGACUGUGGAAGGCCCUACCAAAGACCAGCUAGACAAUAAUCACUGCUCUCACCUUGUUUGCAAGAUGAGUCAUUUUAUCAUAGAAGUUUAUGAAAUCGGUCAAGUGUGACUUCCCGUUGGUGAUUCUAUGCUAGUUACUCCUAAAGAUUUUCUUGGCCUUGAUGUGCAUGGAUUAUUUCCAUUGACAUCCAGUACUAAAUGCCUUUCUGUGUUUGUUUUGUGUGUUUUUUACAGCAUCAAAAUAGUUCCUCUUCCUUUGGAAAAGACAAAUAGUAUUGAUGAGGUUCGCUCAUUAUAUAAGUUUAUUUGGAAACAAAAACAGCCUGCCAACUUUAAUACUUUGAAUACUAUUUAAUAUUGAACAGAUCAGUUUUAUUUUCAUCAGAUACAGAUCUCAGCUUUUCUUUAAGCAUUCACUUGGAAGCAAAAAUAUAAGACGUUAGUGCAGGAAAAUGAGAAGGAAAUUGCCAAAUUUUUGUCUUGUUAAAUGUGCCUAGAAACCAUUCAGAUGUGUUUUUAUGUGGGGAAGCGCCAAAUAAAUGGAAUUGGAAUGUUGUUGGAAUAAUAAGCAGCUUUUUCAAGUACUGUCAAGUUUCUGAUUUAUUUUGUGUCUGGUCACUGUUUAGUUAGGAAAAUUAAUAAUCAUGUAUAAAGAAUAUGAAAUAAAAUUUUAGAUUAUUUUCUUAUAUAGAUCUCUGAUUUCUUAAUUAUCAAUAAUGAAAAUAUAUUUUUGUGUGUUCUGGACUGUAUUUUAUGUUAUGCUGCUUGCAAAUGUACUAGUCAGUGAAAGUAAUGCUUUCUCUGCAGCGUAGAACAUCUUAAUCUUUCCCUGAUUUUCUGUGAAGUAUGUAGAACUUGAUUUGUAAUGGUCAUUUGUAUCAUUAUAAGGAAAGAUCUGGAUGGCUUUGAACUAUGUGACGUCUUUCACUCAUAAUUUCUACUCCAGUGUUUUCUACAUGAAAUAGCAUGGAGAAGUGUGUGAUUGCAAAGAAAUUAUAGAACUUCUUGCCAUGGCCUCGCACAACUACUGAACAGCUGCUGAUGGAAAUGUUUGAUGGUACUGCAGCUCAAUUCCUUGCCAUCCUGGAAGCUCUGUCUGAUAGCAGUAGGCGUGUGCUGCACCCUACUCCACCUGUUCCUGAUGAACCUGAAAUUCAUGAUGUGAUUUCAGAGCUUUUUUUUGCAGGGCUGGAAAUCCUCUCAGGUGGAGUGAGCAGUACUGAUAUUCAAGGAGAUGAUUGCGCUGAUAAAUUUGGUAUGAUUAAUGCAUCAUCAACUCUUCUGCAGUUGAUACUAACAGGAGAAAAGAGAGUGUCUGGAGAGGCUGCUGUGAAGUUUGUAAAAUUAGCUUUCAACUAUGAGGAGUGGGAUGUGUUUGAUUCUGCUAUUGUAUUUGUUACUAAUUUUCUUCAGGCCCAGAAUGACCCAAAGUGGAAGAAGGCAGAAAUGGAACUCCAACUUCUUACCUUGAUGCGACCGUUACUAUUUCCAGGAAAAUUUAGGCAUGGUUUUUCUGUUGAUGAAAGUAAUACUAGGAGAGAUCAUUUGCCUUGUGUUUCAGAUAAGAAGAGUACAGUCAGAACAGGUUCCUUAAAGCAUGGAGAGCCUUCUCAUGAUCUUAUCAUUUUGGCAACAACAGUGUUCUCCUGUGUCUCUACAUCUAAGCAGAACAUCCUACCUGACAAGGAAAUACUUUUUGAUGUCCUGGUGUUUUUGUGGCAGAAGUGUAAAACAGGACUUCAGUUAAACCCGAUGAAUGGAAGUGGCUACUUUAAAUAUAACCACAAAUACAAAGCUUCCAAAUGGGUUUAUGUACUCUGGAUAAUAAAUGAAGUGAUUCUGCAAAGUAAUGUAGCAGAUACUGAUGUUGUAAUGGCAGCAGAGAUAACCUUAUGUCUAACUGCAGUACUGGAAAGUAUGGCUGAUUCUGCAAGUAAAUCUAAGAAAAAAGCAGGGAAAAGAAGUGUAAUUCUCUCUGUAGAUGAAACCUGUGACAUUCCUGAAAUACUAAUGAGAAGUCCUACAGAACAACUGCAGCUUGCUUAUGAAAAUCUUGAAAAAACAAUUAACGAAAUGAACAAAUCUCGCUUAAUGACCUUCGUACCAGAUGGAAAGUCAGUAUUUGACAACUGCUGUACAAAGGUGGGCUCACAUGGCCAGAAUCUGAGUUCUGUUUUGGAAUGGAGUAAUGAUAAGACAAGAACAGGAAAUAUUUUUUUAAUGGAUUUACAUUUGGAGCUCAUUCAAGCCCAACAUCGAAUAGCCGUGAAACUUCUUAAACUGACACAAGGUGUUCAAAAGGAUGGCAGAAAUCUUAAGUCUGGCGAGCAUCAUGUGAAGAAGAUUGAAGAUUCCCAUUAUUUAACAGAGGCAGAUAUAAUGGGAAAAAUAAAGAAGAAUAAGCUAUCCAGAGCAAUCUUUUUGAUGGAAAAAGCUGUACAGAUGUUCCCUAAAGACCUAAGUACUUAUUCCCAAAGGCAGCUACUGCAGGAGGCGCUAACUUUAAUUGAACAAGUUGAAGCUGAACAAACUGCGUUGUAUCACAGUCUGAAAGAAUUCAUGAGCAGCAAGAAAAAAAACAAGAUUCCUCCUCCUCCUCUCUUACUUUCUAGAUCACAUUGCUCCAUGACAUUUAAACCAGCCUCAUUCUCCUCAGAUGUUCAGGUUGCGUGGUACAGUAUUUUGGGCUGUGUAGCAGGAGAAAAUAAUUCAAAAGUAAGAUUAAAUAACAAUAAACUUCCAAAUGCUGGAGAAGAGAUACUUGCUGAUGGAAAAAGCCUCUUGGAAAUACAAGGCUUAGAUCCCAAUGAGAAAUACAUAUUUGCUGUUGCAGCAUAUUCUUCUGAUGGAAAACUUAUUGGUGAUGCUAUUGGGGAAACAACUAGGCCAAUCCUCGCAUAUCCACCUCUUUCUGCUACUACUGUUCGAGCUUAUCUAACUCAGGUAGCCUAUCAGACUGGCAACUACACGUUAGCCAGAGGAGCAUUUUCACCGAUGUGGGAUUAUUUUGUUUCAAAUUCUUCUCCACUGCCCACCAAUGCAGCUGUUAUUUCCGCAAGAAGUACUUUGACUAUAUCUGAAAAGAGGUUACGUUUCGAGGCUGUAUCUCAGACCUCUCCUAUCGCCUUGUAUCUCUUUCUGAGGAAUAUUUUUGCUGUUUGUGACAUUAAUGUCAUGGAAGGAGCACUCUUCUGUGAUUCCAUUUAUUGCAAUGAGAUACUUUAUAAGGAACAAGUUGCUAGAUUAGCAGAAUGUGAGAGAAUGACUGUGGCAAUUGAACUUAGUAAUUUCUUGAAUGAUGCAAGUUACGCACUGCAGUCUGUUGUACAAUGCUAUGGUCUCCUUGCUCCAAUUAUUUAUCACAAGAUUUCUGCAGUGCCAGUAGUUCAGAUUCUCAUUAAGUGCUUGGCUGUCCUUCAAGAAAUUCCAAGUGCUACUUUGCAGAGGCGACAGGCAGGCUGUUAUGAGAGUAUUCAGCAUAUGAUAGCUUGCACUUCAUUUUAUACAGCAAAGGUUCUACGUUCAUUGAAGGAAUAUGAACUAGCAGUGAUUAUUAUUAACUAUGGGAAAAAAUUGUUGGAUUCCUCACAAAGAACCUCACCUGGCCAGUCAGGAGCUACAGAAAGUGAAGAAACGCAUAAAAUUAAGAAGGCUUCUGCAAGGACAUCCCAUUUAGCUGCAAUGGAAAAAGCAACAGAAAAUCUAAGUGCUCUUGAAUCAUAUCUCCUAAGACUGACACAACCAGCUCGUGGAUCAGAGCUUGCGGGACAGGAAGAUCCUUUGUUCCUCUACCCCAUAAUUUCAUGUUGGACAUCAAACACUGCUUAUCGAGAAGUGAUGAAAUUCAGAAAGAAAUCACGUUUUCUUGAGUUCUUUAUUCAAGUUUUGCACAAAAUCCUGAAUGAAGAGAAAUUCCACAGUGUUCUGGAAUGGGCAGAAAAUGUGCAAACUUACUUGAAAAGGAGGAACAACCACAUUCUCUGUAUCAAUGAAACUCCAAGAUGUAAAACAAGCUCUCCCGGUGAGCCUGAGGGCACCAAGAAGUACGCUGUAGGAAUUAAGGAGAAAAGUAUGGAGACCUCACCUUUAAAGAAGAAGGAAGCAUCAGCUUUGAAGAAACAAAGAAAAGAAACUCCGAGUGCUACUAGAAAGAGGCAGACUCUUAGACAGUAUUUUGCAAAACAUCCAAACAUAAUGAAAUCUCCAGAAGCACAAAGGAAUCUUACAGAAGAAUUACAAAAAGUAGCUCGCAACACCUUAGUGGUACUGCUGAAACCAAUUGUGAGUAGUUACUUAAACCAAAAGAAGUUUCAUCAGAUAUGUCUUGAAGAGAUGCCCUGGAGGUCCCAGAUGAAUAUUUAUCUGGCAACUGCACACUACAACUUAUUUAAAAAGAAGCUGGAAGAACAAUAUAACAUUGGAAUUUAUGGUUCGCGUCGUCAAGACAGUUACAGUAUUCUGGAUCCUGAGAUAUUCUCAUUAAAUAAUUCUGGAACUGUAGUGGUGAGAGAAGCUCUGGAGAGUAACAGAAGAGCAUCAAAUCCUCUUCCUCUUGAGAAGUCACCUUCAGAGCUGACCAAAAAACAAACAUAUGGAUCUUCUGAGCACAACACUAAAUUGUGGGGAAGAGAUACACCUCAAACUCAGAUGACAAAUGAUAUGCAAAUAUCCAUCUCACUUUCUCCCAAAGAACGCAAGCAGUUUCCAUCAGAUACCAUUUUAUUGGACCAUUUUACAAAAAUCUUUCUACACUUAAGAAGAGCAGCAGUUCUUGCUCACCGUGGAGGCCACUGGACAUUGCUUCAAAAUGCAUGCAGAGAACUCUGGAACUAUACUCAAGAAUCACAGUCAAUUGCUAACCAUUCCCAUUCCCACAAGGAUGCAUUUCCCAUUACCAGGGAGUUUCUUAGGAACACAGUUUGGUUGCCAUUUUAUUUGGCAUCAGACAUGAUUAUUGAUAUGAUAACUGAACUACAAGCAAGCAAUUCUCUUAAGAUUGUGGAGCCUGAAGGAGAUUUCUGCAUUCCCAGUUGCUUAGGAGGUAUUACUGAUGAGAACGGUGGUUCGAAUCUCCAUCCACAGUCUCCCUUGGAUGAUGUGAAUGUGGUUGACUUGAAAUGGAUAUGUAAUCUGAUUCUUAAAACAUUAGAAUUUUUGUAUCAAAUGAAGAAAUGGGAAGCACUGAUACACAUAGCUGUACAGUUUAAUGUAUUUACACAUGAGAGAUAUACAGAACAAGUGAGUCCAUUGCUGGUGUACGCUCAGAGGCAACUACUGGAAAGGAUACAGCAGUUCAGUGGCCCAGAUAGUCAUGAAUCUCAUUUCACAAAAUAUCUAUCUGAUAAUGCAAAUAAGAUGAGCUGCAGAGAUUAUAUAGGGAAGAAUCUACAGCUACCUUUUGCCCAUUCUGCUAGUGUACUGAUCUUUCCCGACUGCUUUUUGUAUCCUGAGUUGAAAAAUGAUUAUGCAGAUGGCACUCAAAUCAAACCCAUAGUUCAUGUACCUCUUGAUGUAAAGGACACACUGAAAUGUUUUAGAGAAACUCUAAAAAAAUCUAAAUAUCACAGCCGAACAUUGAGACACAGCAGAAAACUGCUUUCACUUUUUCUCGCGUACACACAAGAAAAUGUUGGAAGAACAAUCAGUCAAAUCUCUCCAAAUAGAAGGCUGGAAUUUAAUGUGGGAGCCGAACUGGCGUUUCUACCAACACCGAGUGACCCUUCUCAAGAAAAAUUUAAUUUCUCCAGUAGCAUUGAGAGUAAACCAAUACCACACUCACAGCUUUCAUUAAUUGUCUCUUCCUAUGAACAAACAAUUGAAAUCCUUGAAAUAAACAACCAGAGAGACCUCAAAGUUCAGGCUCUACACGAACUUGGAAAUCUUCACUUUUUUGCUGGAAACAAAAGAGCUGCUUUUAAACAUUGGUGUCAAGCCCUUGAUGAAACACUCAACAUUGCUGAUAUUCUUAACACCUGGCAAGAGUUAGGCUUUCCAAAAAAUGCUAUGGAGUGCUUUGAGGUUGGAAGAUCUACUGAUAUUAGUCAGAAAUUUUUAUCUCAGGCUGGAAUUUGGGGAUGUUUGCAUGCAGCAGUUUUAGUAGCUAAGAUAGCUCAGUAUAUAACAACAUCAAAUGUGAGAUUAAGAACUAAGUAUUGCCUCUUUUCUGCUAUACUCUUUAAGACUCUGUUUAGGGCCUCUCUUCCACAUCCCACAUCUGACUGUGACUUUGCACAGUAUGAAACACAUGUGCUUAUUCCUGGAAUUGACUUGUUCUCUGAUCGCUACAGAGCUGACAUCUCCACCGUAGUUGCAAGUCUGAAUUUCCUUAUGUCUGAAUUGCACUGUGCAAAGCAAAAUUUAACAAUUUUACCUUUGUUCACAUUAUACCAAUACUUUGUUUCUGAGAUUUGUAAGGACCCUGCUAAAUGCAUUGAAGGAAGAAUCUUCAAGAUUAAAGUACUUACAGAUAUAGGAUUUUUUACAGAGGCCUUUCAUGAACUGUAUUUACUUAACUGUGGAGAAAGAAUCCCAUGGAAAAUACCGGCAGGGUACAAAAAAACCGAAGAAACGAAGAGCUUACUGUACUUUGACUCCUCAAAAUCCCUCCUGAGUUUUACAAAUUUACAGGUACUGGAGGACAUAUUUAAUUGGAGUCUGUCUUUAACAGUAGUGCCACUGUGCGACCAACAAAUUAUGAAUAAAUUAAUCUUAGCCAAAAUGCAUUUCAUCAUUUGCCUUUCUGACACAAUAAAUAAUACACCUGAAAAAGUAGAAAAAUGCAUAUAUUCUGUUGAUAACAAGAUGGAUGGAGUUACACCAUCAAAUGAAAAAGUUGAUGCUGUGAAGAAUUCAAGACAACGGGAACAAAGAGACACAGUGAUGCAGCUCAUUAACUGUAAAGCUGAAUUAAAUAUGACCAUGCUGAAGGGAAUUUUGUUAACAGAAGCUGAAGAAAGUCUUAACCAUCUUGUGCAGAACAUACAGGACAAGUAUGAUGGGAAGAUAUCCCUGUGUUCUGCAGAAGAUUUAGAGGUUCUUAUUGAAGCCAAACUUCAGCUUGCAGCUAUUUCUCAGCAGUGGCACCGAGCAGCUUUCAGUGUUGCUUUGGCUUUCUCUGCAAUUCGACUUCUCCAAGAUGCAGAUAUUUUUAGGAUGACAGCAACAAGUUUUCAAGAAAAAAAGGAUAAAAGGGAGAGUUUGGAUUCUUGUGUUGAAGAUGCUCAACAGCUUCACAGUUCUAUAGCAGAAGAUCAUCUGAAUAUACAUCUGUGGCUAAGGUGUCGUAAAAUGUUAGUGACUGCACUAGCAACACAGCUACCCGGUGUUGGUGAUAAGGAAGAAAAUUAUGUGGCUGAACGUAAAAGUAUUAUAAAAGAAGUAAUAUUAGAGGCAGAAGCCUUUGGUGAUAUUGAGACUCAGGCUGAAAUGAUGGUGCAAGCAGCAAUUCUUGACCUGCAAGAAGGAUGUCCCACAGCUGAUAUUGAACUUCUUUUGCAGAAUAUCAUCAGUUUACUCCAAGAGGAUAAAUUUAUUUCUCCUCCAGCUUCUUUGACUCUUGUGAAAAGUAUGCUUCUGAUGACAGAUGUGCUCGCACUGCAAACAGUAGAGAAUAUGGAAAAUUGUUCUUCUGCAGUGGAACCAUUAAACUUACUAAAUUUGGCACAUGAAAUCACCUUGAAAGAAAUUUUUUUUUGCGGAGAAUAUAUUGAACAGCAGAUAGAAGACAGUACAAUGACCUGCCUUGUCCUACCUGCAAAAAAUAUCUACUUGCCCUAUAUAAACCUUCUGGCCCAAGUCAAAAUGAGAAUUGGAAACACAUUAGCUGAAAGAGUAGCUUGCACACCUGAAAGAGAAGAUCCGCUGCAAUGGUUAUGUGCUCUCAAACAUUUAGAAACAGCACUGAAGCUCUGCAGAGCAUCUGCAACAAAAGCAUUAGAUAUGGAAGCUCAACUUCUUUUUCAGAUAGGUAAGGUGGAAUGCCAGAUAACCAAAGCAGGCAGUAACAAGUCAUAUCGAGCUGUUGAAACCCUGCUGGAAGCUAUAAAACUGAGCCAGGAACACGAUCAAAACUUUGAGCUAAUCAGAAGAUCAUACCUUGAAAUAGCACUAUUAUAUUUGCAUUUUGCCACGAAUAAUGAGAAUUUGUCACAAAGAGACAAGAUGGUAGCUUCAAAAUCAGAGAUCUCUGCUGGAGAACUUUCUUCCUCUCCUGGUGAGGCUCUGAAAUCAGAAGGCUGUAAAGUACGAGGUUGGAUUGCAGUAAGAGCAGCCAGACAGGUCAGUGAAGCAGUGGUUGCCUCUCAGCUAUUAACUGGAAUGGAGAGCAUUAAAGAAAACAAUGUGAAGGAUACAGUACAGCAGAAAAUCCCAGAAUUUGCUUCCAUGGAUCUUCUUGCUUCAUACAGAGAUUACUUGUCUGAUGGAUACAAUGUUGUUUGUGGAAGUCAUACAGCAUCUUCUACUGAAGAUAAACAAAUCAUAAAGGAGCAGAAUCAAAAUGAAGGAAUGGAAUGCCUUGACACCAGCUCCAGCCAGAAGAAAGAGAUAAUAACAUGGGUUCACCUAAUUCGAUACCAUAGUUAUAUAAAAGGGCUUUGUCACGCAAACCUAUUUGCUGCCCAUAAAUCAGGACUUGGAUCACUUUCUGAAAGAGAUGGACGCUUGAAUUCUCUUUUUGACUCACGGAUUGUUCUACGUGUUGCAGAAAUGCAUUCCUUUCUCAAAAAACACCUAUUUGAAUAUUCAGUGUGUUGUCUCGAGAGCUUCCCAGAACAGCUACAAGAUUUAGAAGUGUCACAUGGUAGUCCACCUGAUUCUUCAAAGGCGUCUCUUGAAAAUUCUGGAAUUUUGUGUGUGGAGAUAGCUUCUCCAGUUUCUGCCAUCACAGAAGCAGACGGUCAGACAGAGAGUAGGGCAACAAAUGCUUCAAAUAAAGAAAUUAUCAUUCAGUGGUAUAUUCCUCCUCUGGCAAAGCCAACCAAUGAUACGGAGACUAAGAUUUUGCUGCUUUAUGCUUAUAAUACAGAGCCUGUCAAGAUCAGCAAUGUCAAGUUUUUCAGUUCAGUGUCUGUGUUUUCAGGUCAGUUGUGGAUUCCAUUAGCGAGAAUUAUUUCUUUGAGAGAGAAAUUAUCUAAUCUGAAACAUCAAGUUGAAAUGCUGAUGCAAAGUUUGGGAAACUCUUCAGCUGCAGAACCUACAGGUUUUCUUGAACAAAAUGAAACGCUGAAAACAAGUCCUUCAGAAAAAACUGAAAUGAAUAUUGCAAGAGUGCAUCUUGAUGAAAAAACAGAAGAAAUGGCUAUAAGGUGCUUAUCUGAAGUCAAAGCUCUGCUCUCUGCUGUUCCAGUCAUGACCUUGCCAUUAACUGAGAUUCCAUUUGACAUUACUUUGCAAUCAAUAGCAAGUUUGGAAGACAUGUUUGAUCUUGCAAAUGGUUGUACAAUAACUGAAGAAAGUCUUUUCAGUUGGAUCAUUUCUCUUUUCCACUAAAUUCUGUUUUUGCAAUAACUCAAUGAAUUGCUGGUUGUUAAACAUUUUGACUUCAGUUCCGGUCUUAACAGCUUCAUUUGGCUUCUAAUGUGUUUUAUCAUUUUCAUUUUUAGGUCAUUUUCAACUAUUUGAAAAUUAAAUUUUAAAAAUUAAAAUAUGUUUUUAGGAACUAAAUGUACUAAAGGUACUUUCUGAAAAAGGAGAUUAAGAAUCUGUGAGUUUGCUUGUUGGGGAUUUUCUAGCUUUUCAAAAAUUUCAUAUUGAUUAGAAAAGGUAGAUAGGCUUGUAGUGUUCUAGCAUCUCUUAAGAGAUACUGCUUUAUCCUAGAGUUUUAUUCUCAUAGAAUCAUAGAAUGGCUUGAGUUGCAAGAGACCCCCAAGGAUCAUCAAGUUCCAAUGUUCUGCCACAGGUAGGAUUGGCAACCGCUAGAUCAAGUACUAGAUCAGAUUGCCCAGAGCCCCAUCCAAGUUGGCUUUGAUCACCUCCAGGAACAGGGCAUUAUGAGUAAUGUUAAAAUUGGUUUUGUAAUUACAAAAAGGGCCUUUUGGUUUUGAGACUGAGAUUUGCCCUGAGAAUGGUUGUCAAUGGCUUAACGUCUGAAUGAAGACAAGGAUUUGAGCACAGCCCUGCUGAAAAGGACUUGAGGGUACUGGUGGGUGGCAGCUGGACAUGAGGCAGCAAUGUGCCAGAAAGGCACCAUAUCCUGAGCUGCAUCAAAAGCGGUGUGGCCAGCAGGGUGAGGGAGGUGAUCCUGCCCCUCUGCUCUGUGCUGGUGAGAUGUCACCUGGAGUACUGCAUCCAGAUGUGGAGUCCUCAGUGCAGGAGAGACAGGGACCUGUUGGAGUGUGUCCAAAGGAGGGCCACAGAAAUAAUGCAAGGGAUGGAACACCUCCGUGUAAGGACAGACUGAGAGAGCUGGGGCUGUUCAGCCUGGGGAAGAAAAGGCUCUAAGGAGACCUGAGAGUGGCCUUUCAGAAUCUAAAAGGGGUUUACAGGAAGGAAGAGGAGAGACUCUUCAGCUGUCUGUUUUGAUAGGACAAGGGGAAAUGGUUUCAAACUAAAAGAGGGGAGAUUAGAUUGGACAUAAGGAAGAUUUUUUUACCAUAAAGGGGGGGAAGCACCUCUCUGUCCAGAGAGGUGGUGGAUGCCCCAUCCCUGGAGACAUACAAGGUCUGGCUGUAGGGGCCCUGAGCACCCUGAUCAGCUGUAGGUGUCCCUGCUCAUUGCUGGGGAGUUGGACCAGAUAGACUUUAAGGGUUCCUUCCAACUCAAAGACUCUAUCAUUCUAAUUUGUGAUUCUAUGCUUUUUUUUUUUUUUUUUUUUUUUUUUUUGCCUAAAAUCAUCACUGUGUUUAUUCUUUUACAGUUCCAUGUGGAAGCUAGUAUUUGAGACUGCUCUAACUUCUGCCAAAGAAAAACACAUUGCAGAUUGUUGAGGGUUAAAAUGAUUAUUCAGAUGUCUCCAUAACUUCCUUGGUCUGAAAAAAGCCAGUUUAAAAAAUAAGUAUGAUGGUACAUAAGCAACAUUUUUAGACAUCAUUCUAAAAUGCCAACAAAUCCUCUACUUAUGUUGUCACUAUGGCAAAUAUAAUUUUAAAGUUCUGAAGAAACCCUACUGAGUCCUAUCAAUAACCACCUGAGGAUAUAAUAUAUAUUUGUCCCAGAUGGGGAAUUUGGUACAGAACAGUUGAACAAGGCUGAACAAGAAAAUGCUGUAAAGGAGGGGAGAAGAAGAGGGGGAGAGUAUAUUCAACACAGUGUCCAUCUAAAAUGUGUUCAGUAACAGGAAAAAACAGAGAAACAGUUAUGUUUUCCACAGUUUGUUCUUAUUCCUAUAAAAGAGAAAUGUCUGAAUAUAUUUGUGCUGUAUGUGGCUUUUAAAAAUCUGUGCUAUUUAAGUUUGUCUCUCCUUUUCUGAAAUGCUGGAUAGCAGAAAAAUUAGAAGGAUUGAGAUAACAUGAUGAAAAGAAAGUGAAAAAUAGGAUAAUGGAAAGGGAAGGUAUUUCUGUGUGACAAUUUUAAAACUGAGUUUGAAUGCUUAUUUAACUCAGCUGCCUAACAGCCAAUUUGGAGGAGAUUUUCCUCAGCAAUAGCCUUUCAGUUAAAAGAAUUUCUAGUUCUGGAGUUCUUAAAAAAGCAGGAAAGAUAAAGAAAUUGACGUUACUCAUUCUUCUGUUGCAAGAAACAAGUACAAAUUUGCGGCUCUUUCAAAAAGCUCCUUUUGCUCAGUGAAAAGCACACCACCUUUCUUUUCUUUCUUUCUUUUUUUUUUUUUUUGGAGUCACCUUGAGGAUUAUCAUAGGAGUUUUGUGCAGGUUAAUGAGUAUUUGUAAAACACUGCAGGAGCGUCAGGUGAAAAUGGAAGUACUGUUCUAGUGCAGACAGGGUGUUUCUUCAGUGCACCUUGUUCUAAUUCCUGUGUUCAUACUGAAAAGAGAAAUAUUAAAUGAAAUGCUUUACAUAUGCAUUUAAAAUAUGUCACACUUUAAGUUAUUUUUCUGGAAACAACAAAUGUUAUCUUACCAUCUCCUCCAACCCUGCACAGUAAAAUAAUGAUGAAAAGUUGACCUCACUGUAUCCAUAGCAGCAGCUUUUAUUCUCAGAAGCACAGGAUUAAGUAUUCAAUGCAGGUUUCAAAAGGAAAUAUUUAACUUUUUUCUUCAAGCAUAGAAUUAAACUUUUUUUUUUUUUUUUUAAAUCUGCUUGUAAGGAAGAAAGCUUGCAUUUAAACUUUUCCAGUAAUUACACAGAAAAAAAAAAGUAUAAAGCUAAUAGCAAAGUAAAAUGCUUCUUGUUUUAUCUAUUACAGUAGGUGGGUUUGUCCUUAGCAUUGAAUACAGGUAGAAGUUUUUGAUGCAUUAGAAUAGAAUAAAUUUGUGUCAAUGUUGUACUCAGUUAAAUUACUAUGGAAUACUUCUCUGCUCCAACGUCUCCAAAAGCAUUAAAGGAGAAGAGGGAAGG